AUUCUAUUUGUCUGCAGUCUAGCUUCUCUUGCUCAGCCUAUUUAUUUAUAUGCCACGGCACUCAUAUCAUUUUUUGUAACCCCUCGUGUCCUUGGCUGGAGGCAUUUGCUGUCUUUAGAGGGGAGAGUUGUUCUCUCCUGUAUUUGAGACUAACAAUAGCACAGCACAAUGCGGUGCUUAUGUGGCUCAUCCAUGUCUAGACUCGUGCGGAUGCUGUCUCAGCCUCAAGGCCGAGCUUUGAGUUCCACUGGUCCUGCUGUAUAUGAUGUGAUUAUAUCUGGCGGUGGUAUGGUUGGAACGGCAAUGGCCUGUGCAUUGGGCUCGGAUCCUCACUUGCAACACAAGAGAAUUCUUUUGCUAGAAGCUGGGCAAAGAAAACCAUUUGAUCGUCUACCAGAGAGCUUCAGCAACAGAGUGAGCUCCAUUACCCCAGGCUCAGCAACCCUACUUGCCAGUUUUGGUGCUUGGGACCAUAUCUUGGGCAUGAGGCUAAAACCAUAUAAGAGAAUGCAGGUUUGGGAUGCCUGCUCAGAUGCGCUGAUCACAUUUGACAAGGAUGCAAUGGAAGAUAUGGGAUAUAUUGUGGAAAAUAAUGUUAUUAUUGCAGCACUUACAAAGCAGCUGGAAUUAAUGUCUGAUCAUAUUGAGGUUAUGUACAGAAGCAGAGCUUUGGGCUACACAUGGCCCCCACCAUAUAAUAAUGGUGAAGCCACCCCUUGGGUAGAGAUAGAGCUAGCAGAUGGCCAAAGGCUCCAUACAAAACUCUUGAUUGGUGCAGAUGGCCACAACUCCAUGGUGCGUAGUGCAGCUGGAAUGCAGAGUGUCCAGUGGGAUUACAAUCAUGCUGCUGUAGUUGCUACACUUUAUUUGUCUGAAGCAACUGAUAACAACGUUGCCUGGCAGAGGUUCCUUCCCACUGGGCCCAUCGCAUUACUGCCUCUUUCUGAUACGUGUAGUUCCUUAGUGUGGUCUACAUCUCCUGAACAUGCAUCAGAGCUUGUCAGUAUGGACGAUGAAAGCUUUGUAGAUACAGUCAAUUCGGCAUUUUGGAGCAGUGAGAAUCAUUCAGAGUUCAUAACUUCAGCUGGCUCUAUACUUCGCUCAGCUUUGUCUUUCUUCGUGCCAUCUGGCUCCUCUCCUCGUCAGCUCCCUCCCAGCGUGUCACGUGUUGAGCAGAGCAGUAGGAUUGCCUAUCCUUUGGGAUUGAGACAUGCCACUGAAUAUAUCCGGCAUAGAGUGGCACUUAUUGGUGACGCAGCACACAGAGUGCACCCUCUGGCAGGUCAAGGAGUAAAUAUGGGCUUUGGGGAUGUUGCCUGUUUGGCCCAUCAUCUGAGUCAAGCUGCAUUCAAUGGAAGUGACCUGGGCUCAACAAAGCACCUUCUAGAAUAUGAGACUGAUCGACAGAGGCACAAUAUUCCUUUAAUGGCUGCAGUUGAUCUGCUAAAGAGAUUAUACAACACAAAACAGCCCCCAAUUGUACUUCUCAGGACGCUUGGCCUGCAAGCUACGAAUGCACUGACUCCAGUAAAAGAGCAGAUUAUGGCCUUUGCAAGCAAAUGAGAAGAUUCGCUUUGGAUACGAUGUCUGAUUUUGACUAUUCAGGGUUUACAGUUUUUGAUUAAAAAUAUAUAUAUAUAUAGUUUUAAAUAAAUAAAAUUAUAUUUUACUUUGA